CACUAGCACAGACUCUGAACGCAUCGCAGUGAUGAAGCCCCUGACAGUUCCAGUAAGCUCCAGGUGGAUGUUGCUGCUGCUGCUGAGCGCGUAUCUGACGCUGACGGCGGGCGCGGACUGUGGCACCGACUGCGCGCACUGCUCGGUACAACUACCACUUAUAGAUCUAAACUCAAUUGAAUGCGUGUUGCAGUGCGAGGAACAUCUGAAUGCAGGCAGCUCUUGGAGUUUGUGCAAACGCUUCGUGCAGAAUGCUGAUAACGUACCUGAGAGCAACCAAGCGUCCACAGAAACCAAACACUUGGACCCCCAACAGCACCAAGUAGAGAAAAAAUAUGGUGGCUUCAUGAAGCGUUAUGGGGGUUUUAUGAAGCGUUACGGAGGUUUUAUGAAGCGUUAUGGAGGCUUCAUGAAGAGGACGGCAGAGCUCUAUGGGCAGGAGCCAGAAGAUAUGGACCAGGGCAGAGUAAUUCUGCCCAAUCAUGACGUUGAAAUGCUGGCCAAUCAAGUUGAGGCUGAUGGUGAGAGGGAGGAGGCAGCUCUGAGAGACAUUCUUGAUUCAAAGGGAGGAGUGGAGGGCGUAAAGGGUACGGCCAAACGUUACGGGGGCUUUAUGAAAAGGGCAGGGCUGUAUGACUCUGAGAGCGAGGUUAGGCCACUACAGAAACGUUAUGGUGGUUUCAUGAGGAGGGUAGGCCUACCAGAGUGGUGGCAAGAGAACAAACGCUACGGAGGCUUCCUGAAACGUUCACCUGAGGAAAAUGACGAUGAAUAUUCAUUAGAGAUAAAAAAGAGAUAUGGUGGAUUCAUGGGAUAUUGAGCUGGUCUCUUGUCCACCUCUCUAGCAUCUUAGACAACACCUGAGAGACAACAGAGACAGAAAACAACAUGCUUAUAAUAUGCUCAUAAUGUGUUAAAAAAAAGUGUUCAUUAUGUCUUUAUAGUGGUAAUGUGAUUUAGUGUGAACAAGACUUCCUCAGAGACAAAGGAUAUAUUCGUUUUGUUCCAAAACCUAGUGAGCUGGUACCGUAGGCAGCAUUUUAAGGCACCAUUGGGUUUGGGUCACGAAUCACAACAUUAAGGGUGUAGGAAAUUUAAUUAUGCUUUUGCCCAGCCAUAUUCUAAGGCAGCUUCGCAUUUAACGUUUGUGGAGAAGGCUAUCCCAGAGUGGAAAUCCUAGAUAGAAUGAGAAAUUAGGGAAAUGUUGAUUAUAAAUAUAUUAGUAAUUCAUUCAAAAAGAAUGAAAAGCAUUGAAAAUUGACUAUAUAUUGACUAUUUACCUAAUAUUCAAUUAUAUUAUGCAUAUUUAUGUUAAUGUAGCAACAUAUCACCAACCUUUAUUGAAAUUAGUUGCAUCACAGAAACGCUACUUGUAUGAUGUACGAAAUUCCUAUGUACAACAUUCAAAAUCAGUCACUUAUGAGGUUCAAUUUCAGCUAGGACGCUGCCUUAGACCAAAUUCACACUAAUCUGUUUCCCAGGGUUUCUGCGGGUUUUAUGAAGCUAAAUGUAAGACUUUUUUAAGACCUUUUUAAGGCCAGCUAAAGAAAAUGUAAGGAAUGAAUUAAAGGGGACACAAUACAUCAAUAUGCUCCCUAAAUGUACUGUAAAUGUCUAGGGAGCACAUGAAGAGUCAUAUUUAUAGCAACGCUUCAAAGUUUAAACAUGCAUCUUUAAAUAGAUCUCCAUUACUCCAGUGCUGUCAAAUUUUAUUGCUGGUUUGAAAUAUGUUCUUUGAUCAUAAUCUUGACCAACCAUUUUUUGAGAUUUCGGUGUUUGCCCAUUUAAGUAGACAGAAGCUAAUAACCUCCCGAGAGCGUUCCAAAGAUGGCCGACAGUGGACUGACUUGCUAGAAAGGCUUUGCUUAAACGCAACGAGAAAACAAUCCCUCAUGCAACAUUUAAUGCCAUGACCAUAUGACUUUAAGACUUGUUGCUCCGAUUUAAGACCUUUUUAAGGCCUUAAUUUGCGGAAGGUCGAAAGUAUACUUCAGUUGUCCACGCUGCUAAUUGGAACGAGCAUAGUAUGCGUGACACACAUUUUUCAUCAGCACAGUCCCAGAUUUUAGGCUCGGGUAUACUUCGUUUUUCUGUGUUCUGGAUUGGAUUGCGCCCGGUCGACGGCAUUGACUUUCAAAGUAUACUCUUUUGACCUCAAGCAAAUACGGAUGCGUUCAGUGCAUCCGCACUACGACUGCUUUGUGAUACUCUUUUAGUACAGUCAAUGGCAGGCGCAAUGCACCGAUGAUGCGCACAGAUGAGGACUGUCCACAUAUCAAGAAAAUCUAGGCCACAAGUGGACAGUUCAUGCAGACUGAUGAGCGACUUUGACCUUUUCUCGACACACGGAGAGCCCAUUGCCGGUGCAUUGUGCCUGCCGUUGACUUUACUAAAAGAGUACCACGUGUUUGUAUUUGCUCGCGGUCAAAAGAGUAUACUUUGAAAGGCUGAGUGCUCGACCAUGUGCGACAUGACCUGGAACGCAGAAAAAUUAAGUAUACUUGAGCCUUAACAUCGAGCGUUUUCCAAAGUACGCGGUUAUGGAGAGCGUUUUCAAAACUCACCACUUUCAAUGGAGGCAAACACCGUUCUAGUGUGGAUGAGAGAUGUAAACGUAGCAAAAUCAGUGUUUAAAAUGAAAACGCAUUAGUGUAGAUGUGGCCUUAGAAGGCAACUGCCUAUAUAGGCAGCGAGGCAGCACACUAGGUUUUGGAACAGAGCAAUUGUCUUUAUACUGACAUCUGAAAUCAUGUGUCCGAGCUGUGUUGCAGAUUUUAAUAAACACAUUUGCAUUACUUACUGUAUAUCAACCAUUUCCUGAUUCCUACAUUUCUCAUCCCUCAUCCCGUUGGGAUUACUUUUAAUUUAUGCAUAAAAAAUGUAAAUUUUUUACAAAGAAAAACUGAAGGAGAGAUGUUUACUUGCCCAUUACCUGGUAAAUAUCUCCUGAAAACAUUGGUCUUUUACACAGAUGUCUAUUUUUUCUGGCAGCAGCCUGAAUGUUGUCAUUUGCUGUACAGCUUGAAUAAACUGCUUGA